AUGAAAAAUACGCCUUCUGGAAGUGGCGCUAAAAUCUCGAAAUAUAUGUUUUUCGAAGAAUUAAGGUUUUUGGAUCGAGUAAAUGACGAAAACGUAGUUGAAGAGUCGUUGCAGGAACUGGAUAAUGUUGCUUCUGUUACGCAGGAAUACGGAGAGCAAAUUAAUGCUAUUGAAGAAACCGCUCUUGUCACGCAGCAUGUCAAUGAUAAUACUACAGUAACGCAAAGGCCAUGGUCACAAAAGCGAAAAAAUACACAGCGCCAAUCUCCCCAACAAACUUCACAAUUUGAAAAAGAAUUGUUAGUUUUGUUAAGCAAACAGACCCCUGACCUCAGUAGUGAUGACCUGGCUUUCUUUUCUUCGUUGGGCCCAAUUUUGAAUAGUUUUGAUCUUUAUCAAAAGUUGGAGUUUCGUACAAGAGUCUUAAAAGUAGCUAAGGAUAUUCAAAAUAUGUGCCAAACACCUAGCAGUAUAUUAACGUCAAUAGAAAAUGUCACUUAUCCUGAUGAAUAUAGGCCCCAUACGAGUACAUUGCAGACACCAAACGACUACCAGACCGAAACGGCAGGGUAUCAAACACAAAUGGCAGGGUAUCAGACACAAACAGGAUAUCAGACAACUAAUAAUUCUGUGUGUGAUGAUAAUGAACAUCAAUAA